GGAGCGAAGCACGCGCCGCCAGGCCGCGGACACAAAGAGAGGAACUGUGUGUGGCUCUAGUUCCGACGCCCCAAACAAACAACUCUCUGAGCCCAUUGCAGGUGUGUGAUGAGCCUCGUGUCCCACCUGAGGUCCGGGCUCCUCCCCUCUGUCAUAAGGAGCGUUCCACGAAGGCAGCCCAGCAUCAGAAACCUGUCCGGCAUGGCUGGGGGGCCCCAACCAGCCAGCGUGGUGGUCCUGCACAGGUCCCUGGCUGCAGCUUUUGACAGCUUCUGCCAGGCCAACCGUGGUCCCCUGCCCCUGCUGGGUCGAAGUGAGCCAGGCAUGUGGCCAUGGCCUUCCCUGGGCGCAGUCUUGGACACCAGGUCGAGCUGCCCGCGGUUCUGGAGAUACGAGUCCGGCCUGUGCACGGGAAGCCUGGCCUCGCUGGAGGAGUACUCUGAGCAGCUGAAGGACAUGGUGACCUUCGUCCUGGACUGCGGCUUCUCUCCAGAAGAAGCCUGCAAGGCCGCAGGGCUCCCUGGCAGAGACCCAGCAGGUCACUGGCUGGCUGCUGCAUACAAGACGACAGUGCCUUGUUCGCCCAGCGCUGGCUUUGGCUGCCCCCUGGUGGUCACAGUGAGGCCCAUCCCCCAGGACCAGCUGGGCAGGCUGGUACAGGCCAGUGGCGCCCUAGGCGGUGAGCGUGGACUGCCCAUCCAUAUCGGCAACCCAGACCUGCUGGGGAUCAAGGACCUGGCCCGGCCUGACUACGGAGAGCCCGUGACGUGUCAGCCCGGGGAUGUCCCAGUGUUCUGGCCUUCUCAGCUGACCAGUCUUGAAGCGGUCAGCAGCUGCCAGACCCCGCUGGCGUUCACCAGUGCCCCCGGUCACACGAUCCUGGCCAACAGAAGGGCUGUGGAGGCACGCACCGCUCGCCCCAGCCCUGAGGACAUGCCGGAGGCCCACCGCAUCUCCCAGGACCCUUUGCACUACAGCAUCACAUCCACGUCGGCCGUGAAGAAGAUCAGACACCUAGAGACUCUGAUUGCCGUGGACCCAGGCAGCCGAGGCAUCGGGCACCUGCUCUGCCAGGAUGAGCUGCUGCGGGCCUCUCUGUCGCUGUCCCAUGCCAGCUCCAUGCUCCUCACCACCGGUUUCCCCACACACUUCACCCACGAGCCCCCGGAAGAGAAUGACGGCCCCCCGGGCGCCCUGGCCCUGGGCGCCUUCCUGCAGGCCUUGGGGAAGAAGGUGUCCAUGGUUGUGGACCGGAGAGCCUUGGACCUGCACGAGAAGCUCAUUAAAGAGGCCGUGGAGCAAGGUGUUCUGAAGAGCCGGAUCCCGCUGUUAACUUACCAAGGUGGAUCAGUGGGAGAGGCCCAGGCUUUUCUGUGCGAGGAUGAGGACCCCAAGACACCGAGAGCGGCUGACGGGUUCAGCCCUCCAGCCUUCGGUGAGCAGCCAAGCGCACAAGCACCCAGCGACCAAGGUGUUUCCAAUUGGGGAGGCUAUGCCUUGGCCUGUGCACUGUUCAUCCUAAACACAUGCUCGGUCCACGGACGCUACCUGAGAAGGGCAGUCGGCCUUCCCAGAGCACCUGGGGACCAGGUCUGGGCUCAAGCCCUCCCAUCCAUCACCAAGGAAGAGACGUUCUUGAGCAUCCUGAUGAAGCACCGCGUGCGCAGUGGCGUCUCAGGCGUCGUGGGCAUGGAGGUGGAUGGGCUGCCUUUCCACGGCACCCACGCCGAGAUGAUCCAGAAGCUGAUGGGCAUCACCAUGGCGCGCCCGUGACCGCCGCGCCAGUGUGUGUGGACUGCGUGCGACCUGGAGGCCAUGCCUGGGCCUCGCUCGGGCGCCGUCCCCCAACGUCCCCAGCGUCCUGCCACCACAGCCUCACCCCAGAGCACUGGCCUGGGCCACAGUGGGCCCUUCCUGGUGGGAAGAAGCGCCGGUGCAGCCCUGGGCCUCCAGAAACAUUUCUCGGGACUUUUAAGGCGUAUCUUUGGGCUCUCAUGUGCGGAAGGUGUGGUUGUCCACCCCGCCUUCCCGGGGCUUCCCCAGGCCACACGAGGUCUCAUCUUAGGGUCUUCCUGCCCAUCAGGUUGGGGGCGCCAGGCGGAGCCCAAGUGUAGACGUGGUCGCAGCCAAGGAUGGUCCCCAGGCCGACUGGGCAAGCAAAGGGGUCCCGCAGCCUCACAGAGCCUGGGGCUUUGGCAGUGAUGGAAAGAGCUAUUCCUUGAGAAAGCUCUCUAGCUCAGAGUCUUUUAGGGGCUUGAAUCUUACAUGUCUCACCACCACCUUCUCCCGCCACAGCCCCCACCCUUCUUUAGCCCCGGCACCUUCUCCUGCACCCACCCCAGAGUCUGAGGCCUCUGCCCUCCGCCCACCCCCUCCCCAUCUGCUCACCCCACCGAGGCUGGCUUCCUCCCCCCCAGGAUGUGCCUGCAUUUCAGUCUCUGGGCAGCCCAGCAGCAUCACAGGAAAUCUUUCUUGGCAACUCUAGCCAGCCUGGCUUUACCUCCCCACCAACAGAAUCAGACACAGUCUCCGGUUGUCUCCUUACACUCCCCGCCCCACUGGCCGGACCCCCAUCCUCCAGCAUCCUGGGCCAGCUCAGCGCCCAGUCACAGCUGGCUCCUUCCCAGCCAGGGCCUCCUUCUAUCUGAUCUCCUUUACGCCGUGGAGCUUGAUGGUUGCUUUUUCAAUGUGAGCUAUUUUGUGAACUAAUGCUUCCGGGUGGUGAAGUCUGUGUGUGUCACAUUAAAGUUGUCGCUUUAACCCA